AUGACGUCAUGUCCAGGUGUCCUAUGUGAAGUGACGUCAAGUCCAGGUGACUUAUCUAAAGUGACUUCAUGUCCAGAUUACCUAUCUAAAGUGACUUCAUGUCCAGGUGACCUGUCUAAAGUGACUUCAUGUCCAGGUUACCUGUCUAAAGUGACUUCAUGUCCAGGUUACCUGUCUAAAGUGACUUCAUGUCCAGGUUACCUAUCUAAAGUGACUUCAUGUCCAGGUGACCUGUCUAAAGUGACUUCAUGUCCAGGUGACCUGUCUAAAGUGACUUCAUGUCCAGGUUACCUGUCUAAAGUGACUUCAUGUCCAGGUUACCUGUCUAAAGUGACUUCAUGUCCAGGUGACCUGUCUAAAGUGACUUCAUGUCCAGGUGACCUGUCUAAAGUGACUUCAUGUCCAGGUGACCUGUCUAAAGUGACUUCAUGUCCAGGUGACCUGUCUAAAGUGACUUCAUGUCCAGGUGACCUGUCUAAAGUGACUUCAUGUCCAGGUUACCUGUCUAAAGUGACUUCAUGUCCAGGUGACCUGUCUAAAGUGACUUCAUGUCCAGGUUACCUGUCUAAAGUGACUUCAUGUCCAGGUUAA